GUAGUAUUUUAGUAGUAGAGGAGCAGAUUACAAGAAAAAAGUUUGUGCUUCGUCGAAGAAAGUGUCUCGGUCGUCUUUUCGGUGGAAUAAACUUGUCCAGGAUCUGUGCAAACCCUUCAAUCCGACGAUCCGGGAAUCUACCAGCCGGGGCAGUGCUUUUGUGCGUGUGACGCGGUUCCGCGACCGACGAUGUGACGGAAUUUCGCAAAGGUCUUUGGAAAAAAUCGGAUGAUAAAAGUGAAGGAAAAGUUGCACCUCCUUGGCCUGGAAAAAUAAUCGAUAAUUUUACUCCUGCUAGAACCAGGAGGGCCAGUGCCAGUAAUACUGCGUGAAAACGAGUGCAAAUUCGUCGUAACCCGUAGAGAAUCUACCGUAAAGCUUUGGAUAACCUCCGCUGAAGAGGACAGCUUCGUUCCGAGCACAAGGAACCACCGAAGAAGAAAAACACCCACUUUGCAUCAACCAGCAGCAGCAGCAGCAGCAGCACCACCACUUCCGGACCACUUCUUCGAUCGAUUGCCAGCAGCAGAAUGCAGGCCGCGGAUCCAUUCGUGAUAACGACCCGCGAGCGGGCCAAGUACGACGAGCAGUUCAAGAGUCUGCAGCCGGUCAACGGGGUCGUGACCGGGGGCCAGGCCAAGGGAUUCUUCCUGCAGAGUCAGCUGCCGCCGAUGAUUCUCGGACAGAUUUGGGCCCUCGCCGACACGGACUCCGACGGCAAGAUGACGCUCGGUGAAUUCAGCAUCGCAUGCAAGCUGAUCAACCUGAAGCUGCGCGGGUUCGAGGUCCCAAAGACAUUGCCACCGACGCUGAUUGCCUCGCUGACGGCCGUCGGUGGAACGCCCACACUGACCCCCACAACCGGACUGAGCCCGCUGGAUCCACUCAAGUCGCUUGCCGGAACCAUCUCUCACAUUCCACCGGCCAUCCCGCCCCAGCCGGCCAUGAUUCCGCACGCCAUCGUUCCGCCAAUGAGACCGGCCAUGCCUCCUCAACCGUUGAUUGCUGCAGCCGCCGCAAGUCAGCCGGCAGCAGCGCCGUUGAUUCCGAUGCAACCUCUCGUUCAACCGAUGGGCACCGUUCCGCAGCCUGCGAUGAUGCAGCAAGUGCCUGCGCAAGCACCACUAAUUGCGGGCUUCGGAAUGCCUCCGGUUCAAUCCGUGCAACCGCUGAUCGACCCCAUCGGAGGAAUCGCCAGUCCUCCACUCGUGGCCGGAAUUCCACCGAUCGGUUCUAUGCAGCCACUCAUCGGAGGACUUCCGGGAGCUGUUCCAAUGGCGACUGCAGCCGUUCCAGCUCCCCCGACGCCCCCCUCGGGAACCGGAACUCCACAACGCACCAUGUCCAUCUCCGAGCGGGCACCAUCCAUCGAAUCUCCCCAAUCCGAAUGGGCCAUCAAGGGACCGGCCAAGCUGAAGUACACCCAGCUGUUCAACACGACCGACCGCAACCGGUCCGGCUUCCUGACUGGGCCGCAGGCGCGCAACAUCAUGGUCCAAACCAAGCUGCCCCAGGCCAACCUCGCCCAGAUUUGGGCCCUCGCCGACAUGGACUCUGACGGGCGGCUCGGCUGCGAAGAGUUCGUGCUGGCCAUGUAUCUGUGCGAUUUGGCGCUGCAGGGCGAGAAGGUGCCGGCGGUGCUGCCCCCCGAGCUGAUUCCACCCUCGUUCCGCAAGGCAACGUCGCGCCACGGAUCGGUCGUUGGUUCGCGCCACGGGUCGGUUUCGUCGCAGGGCGGCGCGCCCAAUGUGCACGCGGUGCCGGCCGAGCCACUGGAUCCGCUGUCCGGGUUGCCGAUGUCUUCGUUCGAGGACAAGCGCAAGGAAAACUACGACAAGGGCCAGGCCGAACUGGACCGCCGGCGCAAGGCCCUGAUGGACAUCCAGAAGAAGGAACAGGAGGAACGCGACCGCAAGGAGCGCGAGGAGCAGGAAAAGAUCCGCAAGGCCAAACUGGAGGCCGAGCUGAAGAAGCAGCAGGAGCUGGAGCGCGAACAGCAGCGGCAGCGUGAACUGGAGCAAGAACGCGAGGAGCAGCGCAAGCGCGAGCUCGAGAAGAAGGAGCUGGCUAGAAAGGAAUUGGAGAAGCAACGUCAGCUUGAGUGGGAAGCGCAAAAGAUCGCCGAGAUGCAGCAGCAGCGUCAGCGCGAGCAGGAGAACGUGCUGAAGUUGAAGGCACAGAACCAGACGCUGAGCGUGGAGUUGAGCACGUUCAACGAGAAGAUCAAGGAGCUGUCGCAGAAGAUUUGCGACACGCGCGUUGGGGUGACGAACGUCAAGACCACUAUUGACGGAAUGAGGACUACGCGGGACACCCAGAUGAACGAUAUGGCGCAGCUCAAGUCGAAGGUUAAGGAGCAGAACCAGCGGCUGGUGCAGUUGAGCCAGGAAAAGUCCAAGAUGGACGCCAAGAGCAAGACCGGAGAGACCGAGGCCCAGUUACAGUUCUCGAACAAACAGAUCAUUAUUCAGCAAUUGAAGGACAAGCUCGAAAACACUAAGCAGCAGAUUGAGAACAAAACAACAGACAUCGAACUCAACAGCAAGCAUCUGGUUGAGCUCAAGUCUCAGCUGACCGAUUUGAUUGAUUCUUGCGAGAAGCUGUACCACGAGUACGACAUGCAGCGAAUACAGAUCCUCGAGAUGAAGAACAACCGCAAGAACGAGUCGUACACGAGCGCCUGGGACACGUCCAACUCGUGGCCGGUCAACAACGAACCGGUGGCGCCAGCGCAGACGGAAACAACGACGUCGAUGCUUCCGAACGAUACGGUCGAGACGCCGCCCGGCUUCGUCAAGUACCGGGCCAUUUACGAGUUUAGCGCGCGCAACGCGGACGAAAUUACGUUCCAGCCGGGCGAUAUCAUUAUGGUCCCCCUGGAGCAGAACGCCGAACCGGGUUGGCUGGCGGGCGAGAUCAACGGCCACACUGGCUGGUUCCCGGAGACGUACGUCGAGAAGGUCGACAGCAAUCUGAACACGGUGUUACCGACGGCGGCGACAACAACGACGGCAGCGGCAGAACCCUUCGCAAUGGCAGCGGCGGUGGCGGCUCCAGCGCCAGAACCGGAAACGAUCGCAUACUCACAGGAACCGGUGGCCAGCGCCGACGACUACACGACUGCGCCCAGCGAAGUAGAAGGUUUGUCACGGAAAGAAAUGAUUGAGUCAGGUUCAAAUGUUAACAAUAAUUUGGUUGCAGCGACUUACAACGGGGAUGUCGAGUACUACGUUGCCUGCUACGCGUACCAGUCGGCGGAGAUUGGUGACCUGGUGUUCGACACGGGCGAGGUCAUCGCCGUCACCAAAAAGGAGGGCGACUGGUGGACCGGAAACAUUGGCAAUCGUACUGGCAUCUUCCCCUCGAACUAUGUACAAAAGCAGGAAUCUGUAAGUACUGCCCUAGAGACCAGUAGUGAGCCUAGCGUUGUAGUGUCCGAGAAACAAGAGGCAAUCAACGGAAAUCAGCAAAUCAGCAGCUACGAUCAGCAGCAGCAGCCGACGACGACAACGCAACAGGACACGCAGCAAGACUCCACCAAGCGAAAGCAAUCGACGACGAACCAGGACGCGGAGGACGCCCGGAAUCAGGCGGAAGCAGACUCCGAGGUGUCCCAGAUCAACACCCAGCCACCGAUAGCGCCGCAGGCCAACGAGGAAGGCAUCCGCUACUCGUCGAUGUCCAUUUCGGCCACGCCAAGUCUGCGGAAAAAGGGCGAGGUGGCGCAGGUGAUUGCGCCGUACGAGGCGACCAGUUCGGAGCAGCUGUCGCUGACGCGUGGCCAGCUCAUCAUGAUCCGCAAGAAGACUGACUCCGGCUGGUGGGAGGGAGAGCUGCAGGCCAAAGGACGGCGACGACAGAUCGGCUGGUUCCCGGCAACUUACGUCAAAAUUCUCCAAGGAGGCCGCAACAGCGGUCGAAACACGCCCGUGUCCGCCAGCAAAGUGGAAAUCUCGGAAACGGUUCUUGACAAAGUAAUAGCCCUCUACCCGUACAAGGCCCUGAACGAUGACGAGCUGUCGUUCGACAAGGACGACAUCAUCAGCGUGCUCGGUCGAGACGAGCCGGAAUGGUGGCGCGGUGAGCUCAACGGAACGACCGGUUUGUUCCCGAGCAACUACGUGGGUCCGUUCGUGACGUCAGGUAAGAAGACACCGACGGCGGUCGCGACGAAAAGUUAGCAUGAAUUCGAAACUACACCGACUGACGAACACUUUAGCCGCUAGAGUUUACUCAAUGAGAGAGAGAGGAUAUGCAUGAGAAUUAGUGUGAAAUUUAUACGUUUCUUUAUGUAUCGGUUUUGCGUGUAGAUUUUCACUAACGUAAUGACGUGACUUUAUUUGUUAUUGUAUACAAAAUCUACUAUUUGUACUGUAAAGUUUAUUCAGUUGCAUAUAUUGUCUUUCCCUCAUUUGCUAUUAUAUGUUUAGAGAUUGUAUGUAAAUUUAUGAAUGAAUAAUUAUUGAUUAUCCGUCUUUAUUUAUAAU